AUGUCACAAGUACCGCAACAAGGUUUUGUGCCCGAGAAAAUCCAGGAGUUCAAUCGCAGAGCGUCACUAGACAUGAGUGACUCGCCAUCUCAUCAAAAAGUACUACGAAAUCCGCAAGAUACUACACCUAAGAAGGAACCUAACCAGAACGGUACGGAUAAAUCGACAGACGAAAAGUCUAAACAGGACUUUAAACCUAAAUCUGACACCAGUAGCCCAGCGCGUCCGAGCAUAGAGAGCAAAAACCCAUUCUCUUCUAAUUUUUAUCGCAACAGACAACACGGACAUUUUGAAAUGGGUCCGCGCGGUUUAGAUUAUUCUCCACAUCGCAUGGGCAUGGAAUUUACAAAUAGGCUUCGAGAUUAUGGACCACAACGAUCAACAUCCAUCCACGGCCACGAGCUGACCGAUGGUCCUGUGAAACCAGAGUAUUUGGGUCAUCGGGCGCAUUUUGGCAGCCAGAUUGUUCCUGGUGGUAUCAACCAUCCUGAUGUAGUCUUCAGACAUGAUUAUUAUAACCAAAUGGGUUUUUCUCCGCCGCGUGCUUCGAGGUUUUCUUCCCAGGAGUAUCUAAAUGCACCCGCUCAGUAUGGAAGAUGGCCGGAUUACAGAUCUGAGUAUCGCCAAAGACGCCGAUCCCAGCAAGACUUGCAUUCCAUGGGACACAGCCCCGAAUCAGAUAAUCUAAGUGUAAAGGGUUACCAGUCUGCCCUAUAUUUGCCUUAA